CCGGAGCGGCGGGCGGGCAGCGGCAGUCCCCUCGCCCCGCAGCCGUGAGCGCGCUCGCCUGCCCUCCGCCCGCCCGCCGCCGCCGCCGCCGCCGCCAUGCCCAACUUCGCCGGCACCUGGAAGAUGCGCAGCAGCGAGAACUUCGACGAGCUGCUCAAGGCGCUGGGUGUGAACGCCAUGCUGAGGAAGGUGGCUGUGGCUGCUGCGUCCAAGCCGCACGUGGAGAUCCGCCAGGACGGGGACCAGUUCUACAUCAAGACGUCCACCACGGUGCGCACCACUGAGAUCAACUUCAAGGUCGGAGAAGGCUUUGAGGAGGAGACUGUGGACGGACGCAAGUGUCGGAGUUUAGCCACUUGGGAGAAUGAGAACAAGAUUCAUUGCACACAAACUCUCCUGGAGGGGGACGGCCCCAAAACGUACUGGACACGUGAGCUGGCCAAUGACGAGCUCAUCCUGACCAAGCUUUUCUUGCAAAAACCAUUCUCCCCUGGACUAGAAAAGGGAAAUGCUGCUGUGGGUAACCAGAAAAUGGUACCCUUUGUUCCCUAUCAGGCAGCUGCUGGCAUCUCCCCAGAGACUGCCUGCUUGCCCCACCUUACUGAAUGUCACCGUGAAAUGUCGGGAGAGCAGAUGACAUUUGGCGCUGAUGAUGUGGUGUGCACAAGAAUUUAUGUCCGGGAGUGAAGGCAGCCAGCUUGCUCCUGCUUUGGGGGUGGGAUGCAUGUUCCCCCAAGGAAUGUCGCAGGUCUGAGCUGCCAGCGGACCUCCUCUUCCCCAUAUCAACAUUAGGUGAUCCCGUUUUCCCCAUGACAGUGUUAGAGUGUCUCCCCCAAGGCCUUGUGCCUCCUUGUCCCUGGUUCCAUAGUUUAGCAUCUGCAUGGUUUCAUCAGCUAUUAAACUGGUUGGACACA